AUGUUCAUCUGCGUGCGGCACGGCGACAACCAGCGCUUCCUGGCCAACGCCGACUGCCCCGUGCUGCUGCUGCUGCCCUACGUGCGGAGGAAGGCGGCGGUGCCCGCGGGCGUCGUCAUUGACCUGUGCGACGCGCUGGGCACCCCCAAGCUGCUCUUCCAGGCCAAGGCGCAGAGCGAACGGGCCAGCAAGUUCUUCCCGACGCCCGGGCCCUACUACGUGUGUCGCGUGGAGUUCGGAGCGCCUGGCACCGCGCACGAGCACACGUACCAGGCCCUCGUGCCGCUGCUCAAGGAGCCCAGCGCCGAGCUCACAGGUCGGGGGAAGGCGUCGGGGCGCGCGGAGGACGACGGGGGGCCGCAGCAGCGCAAGGCGGCUCCGGCCGCCCGCACCAAGCAGGAGCCCGGCCGCAAGGACCGGCACCGCUGA